AUGAUGGCAAAAUUUACCAUUUUAAUAAAUAUAAACAUAUCAAUAUUUAUAUUCCUAGUCUAUUUGUCUUCUGUAACAAGUAUUAAUGAUAAAUGUGAUGAUAAAAUAUUUAUGUUAAUUUCAACUAAAAAUAUUUUUCUACUCAAUUUUGAUUUCGAACAAAAGUAUUCAUCAAGCUUGAUCUAUGAAACAAAACCAAAUACAACUAUUGAAAAUGGUUUAUUUUAUAAACGAACAAAUACAAUUAUUUUAUUAAUUAAUCAAUUAAAUGAAACAUAUUCUAUAGUUACAUUACAUAUUUAUGAUACUAUAUAUAAUUAUUGGAUAGAAAAAUCAAACAAUGUUAAAUAUUCAACAUAUAUUUCUAUCUCACUUGGUCAACGUUAUUUAUACGUAUUAAAUAAUCAAACAAUGUUAUUACAAAUAUUUACUUUACCAUUAACAUCAACACCUUAUAAACAAACUUAUUUACUAGAUUUACCAAAAAAUCAAACAAUAUUAAAUUAUAUUAUUGAUGAAAAAUUUAAUUCUUUAUGGAUUUUAUUUAAAACUGCUUCAUAUCAAUUAUAUGUAUGUCAAUUAAAAACUUAUCAUUGUUACUUAUAUAUGAAUUUAAUUAAUUUAAAUAAACCAGUACAAGUAUAUAUUAAUUGGAUACAUCAAAAAUUAUAUAUUAAUUCAAAAAAUUCUUUAAUUAUAUUUGAUUAUAAUCAAAAUCAUACGGAUUAUAAAAUUCAUUAUUUUAAUUCUACACAAGAAAAUCAAAAUCAAUUUUUAACAAUAUGUGAAAAAACUAAUUUUAUUGAAUAUUUAUCUAUUGAUUAUACUAAUAAACAACAAAUAUGUUUACAAACAUGUCAAUAUUUACCAUUAAUAUUAAAUGAUACAAAUCAUAUACAUACAAUACGAAGAGUUUCAAUCAUCUCGAAUAUUUUUUAUUGUUCAAAACAACGACAAAUUGCUAAAAUAAUUAUAAUGAUUUUAAUUUUGAUUGAUAUUGCAGUAAUAUUAGGCGUUAUUAUUUGGUUAACAUAUAAAUAUGUUCAUCAAUCAACAUUAAAUAACGAUAGAAAACAAAUGAGUAGUGGAACUAUUUGGACAAGUGAUAAUGAUUCUGUAACACAUUUUUAA